ACCGGGACUUCCGGCCGGCUGGAAGAGUCUCGACUUCCGGGGUUUCUCAGGGGCUGAGAGAGGGGCGGGCCGGGCGCCGCGGCUGCGGCCAUGGAGAAGCUGCGGCGGGUCCUAAGUGGCCAGGACGACGAGGAGCAGGGCCUGACCGCGCAGGUGCUUGAUGCCUCGACGCUUAGUUUCAACACCAGGCUGAAGUGGUUUGCCAUAUGCUUUGUCAGUGGCAUCUUCUUCUCCAUCCUUGGAACUGGAUUGCUGUGGCUUCCUGGAGGCAUAAAGCUUUUUGCAGUGUUUUACACCUUUGGAAAUAUUGCUGCAUUAGCCAGUACAUGCUUUUUAAUGGGACCCGUGAAACAACUGAAGAAAAUGUUUGAAACAACGAGAUUGCUUGCAACAGUUAUUAUGCUUCUGUGUUUCGUGCUCACCCUGUGCGCUGCCCUUUGGUGGCAUAAGAAGGGGCUGGCCGUGCUGUUCUGCAUCUUGCAGUUCCUCUCCAUGACCUGGUAUAGUCUGUCAUACAUCCCGUACGCGAGGAAAUGAGUUUUUAAACAAGCUUGAUAGGAGCUUGCCACAUAAAGUGAAAACAUGUGAACACGGGUCCCAGGUGGGCUGGGAGCUGACUGCAGAUGUAGCACCUGAACACCUGCAGGUCGGGGCUGUUGGCGAGAGACCCUGGAUCCUUCCACGACUGUAAACACCCAGUAAAUAGGAAGUGAGGCUGAUGCAUAGAUGUUUGGUUUAAGCCAGCAGAAACGUUUAUUCUGUAUGUUGAGGUAACUGCCAUUAAAAUUUUUUUUUUUUCCCCCCAGAAAAAUGUGUUAAUGUAAUUGUGGAGGGAAAAGCAAAACUAACUGCAGACUUAAGCGUGAGGUUCAGAGGCAUACUCUCUUAAGGCACAGCUUCUCCAUGAACUCUGGAAAUGUAGGUUGUAUAUGAAAACAGCGAAACUGUAUGCCUAAUAGAACAGUGAAGGAAAUUGGUAGAAAUUCUGUUUUUAUUCAAACGAGUGAGUCUUUCUGACGAACACUUAAAGGAGAAAAAGCAAACCAGGGUGACCUAGAACAAGAGCCGGCCCUCGGGACCUUAGCUGGGAGGGCUCCUGCUGUCCCUCAACAAGGGGAAGAGGCACCCUGGAAACGGUGUCCACUCCGGUGCAGCCGGAGCUCACAGCCAGGGUGAAGCAUUGCUCCCCUGAUGCGUGGGCCUGCGCCUCUUAUCCUGGGCUCACCCUAAACAGUCUGUGUAACAGUGAUCAUGUUGAGACUGACUGUCCUGGAAGGUGAAUGAGGUCUGCUGCUGCUACUGCUAGGUCGCUUCAGUCGUGUCUGACUCUGUGCGACCCCAUAGACAGCAGCCCA